UGCUCGAGAUUACCUCGGGAUGCAAUUCAUUCUCCAUCUCGGUUCUUUCGGCGUUUUUCCCGAGCUGAGCAUUUCGUCGUCCUGACAACAACACUACAUAAUAUAUAGUCAAAUUGUUCAGAGCCCCAGCAAUCAGCAAUAAGCUGCGGCAUCGGCCAGAUCCCGAAAUGGCUCGUAAAUGUUGCGUACCUGGAUGCCGGAGUGGUUAUGUCAAACGCCAGACCAGUGAGGAAUCCCAGGCUCCAUCCGGCCCUUCCUCCUCGUCCACGGGCUCUCGUCCUUCUAAUUCCAGGGUCCUCAAGCGAAUCAAAGUCAAAGCCGAAAUGGACGGGAGUGUUUCCCCCACACUAUCCCUAUCCUCCUCCUCCUCCUCCUCCUCCUCUUCCUCUUCCCCCUCUUCCCUAUGCUCCUCCUCCUCCUCCUCCUCACGCUCUGCCUCGCCUUCCGUCCAAGAUCCCCUUGAGUCGUCGACGGGCGAGGCUUCCGAAUCGCAAACCAUGCAACCUUCGAUGUUUGGUUUCCCGUUGAAGGAUCCGGAGUUGCUGCAACAUUGGGUGGAUGCCAUUCCGUUUACCAAACCGUACCAACCCUCACAGUUUUCGAGCAUUUGCUCGCUGCAUUUCUCGUCCGAAGACCUCACGCACUGCAGCCUCGAUUCCAAUGGUUAUCGACGGAAACGAAAAGCCAAUGCCCAUCGAAUACGACGCUUUCCUAAUUCCAUUCCAUCGUUGUUCCCCGAUACUCCGGGAUAUCGCCCGCCAUUUGUGGAAAGACCGAAGCGGGGGCCUCGGAAAGCCAAAGUCGAACCCCCUGCUCCAGCCGCGACCUUGUUCCCGGGGCUGACCAUGGCCGAAAAUACCAUCCAUGAUUUAGACUCAAUCCGCAAUGGAGUGGACAAAAUCAGCCAUCUGCCCGAGGGCAUGUCAUUCGUGGAUCGUCACGACCACUUGCUUUUCGUUCGUUUCACGGGUCGACCUCCUUGGCGAGUGGCGUUCUACUUGCAGAUCAAUACGGACCUGACCUUUUCCGCCGUGGUGAAAAACGUGCACAUCAAGUCCAACCAAUACGCUCACUUGGCUGGUAAAACCAUCCAAUACUUCUCCAUUCUCUCGGAACUUUUGGUUUUCUUGAACCACGAAUACAAAGGAUUGCCCGUCCCCAAAGAGUUAAAGAAAGAAGCCAUCCCGAUUUGGCCACAGACAAGCAAGAGUGAGAUGGAAUGAUGGGCAAGGAGUUUCUUACAUGAAUAUAUCUAUUUAUUUCUAUCAACAA